UUGCCCUAAUUAUUUCCCGCCAACAGAACGCACAAAUCGGACUGGCAUUGUAGCGUGGCUCGGUCGCCUAGGGUUUUCUACCUUCUUUGCAGUUAGUGUCCCUGAUUUAGCUACUCACCGUUUUUCGGGCAGCUUUUCCAAGCUUUAUCCAUGGAAACCGACGAGUCCCCGCGCGUGCUUCCUUUCCAGCUUCAAUUCGAUAAGCCGGUCGCUUCUCAGAUAAAAAUUGCGGAGUGGAAUCCGGAGAAGGAUUUGCUGGCCAUGGUCACGGAGGACUCAAAGAUUUUGCUGCAUCGUUUCAAUUGGCAGAGAUUGUGGACGAUUUCUCCUGGAAGGUGCAUAACAUCCUUAUGUUGGAGACCAGACGGCAAGGCAAUAGCUGUUGGGCUUGAAGAUGGAGCAGUCACACUGCAUGAUGUUGAAAAUGGAAGGUUGUUGAGAAGUUUAAAGUCCCAUACUGCUGCUGUUUUGUGUCUUAACUGGGAGGAGGAUAAUCAUCUUAUUAAAGAUGGCAAUGGUAACUUAUCUGCAUAUGAAGAUCGUACUUCAUGUUUCUUUCCUCCUGCUCCAACGGUUCCUCGAAUGCCUGGAGUGGUAUCUGGAGAUGCUAGCUUCGUGGAUGACAAUGAAGAUUCAUUUCGAGAAUUUUCAAAUUCUUCACAACAACGCUUUAACAUCUUGUGUAGUGGAGACAAGGAUGGAAUCAUUUGCUUUAGCAUAUUUGGCAUUUUUCCAAUCGGCAAAAUUAACAUACACAAGUUCAGUUUUCCUACUCUUGUGGAUAUUCAAGCUACUUACCGACUUGUUAAUGCUUCCAUUUACAAGGUUGCUUUAUCAAAAGAUCUUUGUCAUUUGAUAGUCAUGUGCUCUGGAGAACUUUUUGAAGAUACCAAUGAAUCACGAAAUGGAAAAUUGGUUGGACAUGGUACGAAUGGCUUGCAUUGCUUCGUCCUUGAUACUUCUAUAUUUUGGAAGAGGAAAAAUGAGCUUCAUCAGGUGGCUCAACAAGCAUCUAAUAUUGAGGAUUUGACUGAGGUUAUCCGUGCAUCACUAUCAGUAAUGUGUAAGCAGUGGUCUGAUGCCAUGCACCAUUUUCAUGAGAAGUUUGAUUCUUUGUCUACACUGAUUAUAGACCAUGGACUUGACUCAUCUCCCCAAGAGGAGUUUCUUAGCCUUUUAGGUGGUGCACGGACUAGUCCAGCAGUUCAUCAAUUUCUAGUUAAUUCUCUUGGUGAAGUGGGUGUCAAGCGUGUGUCGAAGGUUGUUUGUGGUGCUGGAAAAGAACUUCAGCUCAUUGUCCUUGAUCAUCUACAGCCUGCUGCCGAAAUAAUUGGAUUCAGGAUGGGAGAGUUGAGGGGCCUUUCAAGGUGGCGUGCACGCUAUAAGGGUGUUGGUUUGGAUGAGACACUCAUCAAUGAUGCAACAGAAAAAGCGGGUAUGUUACUUGUACAAGUCGAACGGUUUAUCAGAGUGCUUUCAUCUGUGGUGCAGCAGUUUUCAAAUUUCUUCAACUGGCUUUUAAAAUGUAUAAAGCUACUAAUGUCGGAACCCAGUGAUCAGCUUCUACCGUAUGAUAGUGAACUUCUUGUAAUAUUUUUGAGGUUUUUAUAUGAUCAAGAUCCUGUCAAACAGUUACUGGAACUAUCUGAAGUUGACGGUGAUAUUGAAAUUGAAUUGGAAACAAUGCAAAGAGUUAAGGAAUUAGUUAAUUUUGGGGGAUUUUUGGAUUGCGAAUAUCUGCGAAGGACGCUAGCUAAAGAAUUUCAGCUGAUGGAGUCUAGUUUUAGUGAAGCUUUUCAGAUGCCCCACUGUACAAUAUCCGAAAAGAUACUUUGCGAGAAUCUGUUGCCACUGUUCCCUCUUCCAUCUUUGCCGGCACCUACUUCUUUCCCUGUCCCUGCAUCAAUAUCAUACUAUGAGGAUGCCUCCCAUGCCACCUCAUCUUAUCAGACUUGUGAAAAUAGGUGUAUUGAUUAUAUAUCUUUCCAAAUACCUGAUGAGUCUUUCCCGGAGAUUGCGAAUUGUAUAGGCAUAGCAAGAGGGUUUAUGAAUCACUUGAUGAAUGUCAAGAAGGGUUAUACUUCAUUGGAAAUUGUAUUGCUGUGCGUUCCUGGUGGUUAUCAGUGUGUGGAUCUUUCCUUAUAUAAGGAAAGUCAAUUUGUUUUGUUAUUAAAUGAAACUAAUACCUCUUCUGAAAGCUCUGGAGAUGCCUGUAUGAUGAUUGUACAAGCAAGUGACCUUCCAUUUGUAUCUAUCUCACAAUCUACUAGUCUAGACUAUUGGAUGUUGCACCAACUAAAGGACUCUGUUGUCUACCUACAAAUGGAGAAUGAAAAGGUUCGCAGUAUCCCUCACCCUGUAAUCGCUCCCUUGGCAGUUAGCACAUCCCGAGGUGUUGCUUGUGUUUUUGCUGCAAGAAAACGUGCCUUGGUCUACAUCCUGGAGGAAGAUGAAGAUGAGGUCUCAGAUGCAGAAUAACGACCUGAUGUGUCUUUUGUUUGAUAUUUUUUAUAAUUAUUUUUUACUGUACUUUAAAACAAAAACAACGUUGAAUGGAUUUAAUUA